AUGCUAACCAAGCAAGGUCCGGCUAGAGCAAGGACAAUGGCAUAUUUUGGGGAGGGCAAAGGCCCGAUCCACGUGGAUAAUGUGAAAUGUACGGGAAAUGAGAGAUCCUUGGCAGACUGCAUUAAGCAGGACAUUGGGAUGCACAACUGCCGUCACAGCGAGGACGCGGGGGUGAUCUGUGACCACCUAAGCAAGAAGGCCCCUGGGAACAGCAAUAAAGAUUCUCUUGCUUCCGUUUGUGGAUUGAGGUUACUACAUCGUCGACAAAAGCGAAUAAUUGGUGGGAAAAAUUCUUUACGGGGUGGCUGGCCAUGGCAGGUCGCACUCCGGCUGAAAUCUUCUCAUGGUGAUGGAAGACUCUUGUGUGGUGCUACUCUCAUCAGCAGCUGCUGGGUCCUCACUGCUGCACACUGCUUUAAAAGGUAUGGCAACAACACUCGGAACUACGCUGUGCGAGUUGGAGACUAUCACACACUGGUACCAGAAGAGUACGAGGAAGAAAUUGGAGUCCAGCAGAUUGUGAUGCAUAAAGAGUACAGGCCUGACAGCAGCGACUACGACAUUGCAUUGGUGAGGCUACAAGGGCCAGAGGAACAGUGUGCCAGAUUCAGCACCCACGUCUUACCUGCUUGUUUGCCAUUAAGGAGAGAGAGACCACAGAAAACUGCUCCCAACUGUUAUAUCACUGGAUGGGGCGACACAGGAAGGGCUUACUCAAGAACAUUACAACAGGCUGCCAUCCCCUUACUUCCCAAGAGGGUAUGUGAAGAUCGUUACAAAAGAAGAUUCACAGGAAGAAUGCUCUGUGCUGGAAAUGUCCAGGAACAGAAGCGUGUUGAUAGCUGUCAAGGAGACAGUGGCGGACCACUGAUGUGUGAACGCCCAGGAGAAAGCUGGGUUGUGUAUGGUGUGACCUCCUGGGGCUACGGCUGUGGAGUGAAAGAUUCUCCAGGUGUCUACACAAAAGUAUCAUCUUUUGUACCCUGGAUAAAAAGUGUGACCAAACUAUGA